AUGGAGAAGGAAAAACGCUCUCAGAAAAAAAAAAGGAAAAAAGAUGAAGGACAAAAAAGUGAGGGAAGCGAGAAGGGUGGGGAACCUCACAGCACAAGCAAUUACGGAGAAAGCGGCCUAGACCAGGGCCAUCCCGACAAUGAUGACUCGGAUAGCCAAGAAGAAAUGAGCGACUUGGAGGACCUCCCAGAAUACGAAAGAGAACUAAUCCUCGCGAAGAGGCAUGAAGAACACAUGAUAAAGGAACAUCGAAGAAUUCUCCUAAAAAAGGUGAAGCCACAGUUACAAUCGGAAAAAACAGAUCAGGAUGAUGACACCAACCAUGUGGUGCAGGGAGGGAAAUCAGUUGGCACUGCCCUAGGUAACCCCCUUGGGAGUAACCCUGUGGGAAGCACCCCCCUUGGGAGCACCGCUGCUGGUGGGAAGAACGCCCCCAAGGAGGAGAAGGAAGAAGGGGGGGGCAUCAACACAACAAGUGCACACACAAACCAAAAUAAUCAAAAAAAUAUUUUCUUCAUAACCAACGUUGUAAAAAGCGAAAAUUAUUUCUGUAUCGAUAGACACACAAACGUGAAAUUUGAACUAGCUCAUUUGGAGAACAUAGAAAAUGCACACUUCUUCACACGAAUAAAGAGCCGAAUGAUAAAAAAUAAAAAGCUACAAAUAAAUGAGUUAUCAUCACAUGAUAAUCCUUCUCUCCCACAUGGUGGUAGUACCUUCCUAUGUGAUCUGAAUAACAUAUGUGAUCAAAAAUUCUCCGUGGAUGAAUAUAAUUGCAUUAAGUUAUUUUCCAUAGAUGUACAAAUUUUAAAAAAUUUCUAUCAAUUUUUGAGAGAGAAAAUUGAAGACUUAAAAAAUUUUCGUUAUACAGACAAACAAAUUGCAGACUUGGUAGAAAUGAAAAAGAAGCAAAGCUUUCAUGAAAUUUUUAGCAACAAGAAAGGCUUGGAUUCUGUUCCUAUUUCUCGUAUUACUGUACAGAGGGAGAUUUGCUCCAUUCAAAGAGAAAUUGAUACGCUGAAUUACUCCAUGAGGAGAACCAACCCUCGGGACCACCAUGCUCUGUCACAGCUGGGCCACCAAAUUGAUGCCCUCACGAGGAAGAAGGACAUCCUGAAGGGGCAGCUGCAGAAGGCUAGAAGUAACACAAAGAGUGGAGCAGCGGCGCGGAGUAGCACAGCGGGUGGAACAGCGGCUCUCCACCGUUUGUCUGCCUACUUGGACGACCCGCCGGCGGACAGCUCGGAGGAGGAAUCGGGGGAGGACUACCAUCUCUUCGGGGGUAACAAAUGA